AUGGAACUGGGAGUUUUUUUGUUUGCAGAUCCAGAAAAUGCCCGGUUGAAUCCCCCAGCAGCUUCCCGCAGCGGAGCUCCAAGGAAGGUCUCCAGCGGCCAGACGGAAGUCCAGGAGUCUCGUAGCCAACUCGUGGCCGCGCGCGAGCGCUUGGUCGAGUUGGGCAACGAAGCGCGAGAGCAGAAACUGCAAAACACCGUGCAGGCCAAACGACUGGAAAAAGCCUUGAAAGAAUGGAACGCCAGCGAAACGGAGCGCCGACGCAGCGAAUGCCAAGUGCGGGUGCUGGAACAGGAGACCGCCAACGAUGGAUGUUUGCCUCUUCGACAUGCUGAACGAAUCCUGGCACUCGACUGCGAUAUGUGGCUCAGGUAUACCAAAGAGGUUGCAUGGUUUGUUGCUUCGACCCCGACCAAGAAACGUAGAUAUGUGGCCUCCAAACUGAUUUCACGACUAUCUGGUCAUGCUUGUCUUCUAGCUAUGUCAUGGUCAAGAACUGAGUUUGAUUCACCUGAUGGAACCCUGAACCUUUUGAAGAAGUUAGCUGGCUCUCCUUUGGUUCGCAAGACCCUUCUGAAUACAGCUGCGAUUCUUCAACAAUAUUUGGGAUUUAAGAGACAACCUGGUGAAUCAAUGGCGAAUUUCUUGGUCCGUGAAACCUUGGGUUAUGAAGAGUUUUCUGAAGCCCUUAUACGGCUAUGGGAGGAACAGACCAGUGUUGACCCUGCUGAAAGAAAUUUUGGUUUGCCACCUAUUUCAGAAUGGGAUUGGUGGGAUGAUGACUAUGAGUAUGGCUACAUGGGGGGCAUGGAACCUGCUUCUGGUGAUUCAGAACUUCCGCAAGACCCUGCAGCUUGCAAGGUGCUGAUGUUACUGCUAGUGCGGCUCCUGGCUCCUCACCUAGCCAUCGAGCUCCUGCGGCCUCUGAGCAUUCGGCUCCAGGCUGCAAGCCUCACCCCAGAAGAAACUAGAGACAUUUUGUCCACUACUCAAAACAAAUUGGACUUCGAAGCCAUCAGCCAAGCUUUGUCUGCACUUUGGGAUGAACAGAUGCGCAAGCUGCUUUGUCUCCUGCCGAAGAGCGCCUUCAAGAAGCUCUUCAAGCUGAACAAGUCGCUGAGCAACUUGCAGCUGAGGGCAAGAGUCCUUUACCACUCGGAGGAUAGAAACGGCUUUGGCAAGAACCCUGUGAAUUCCUAUGCUCUGUAUGGCAUGGAACUGGCCCCUACGACAAAGACAUCGACUGGUGCUAGCUCUAGCUCUUUGGCUUCCAAAGCUCAUGGCAUUCUAGACUGCGGAGCAACUGCCUCUGCAGCACCAGAAGUUUCUGCCCAGGAGCUGGUGAAAGCUGGUUUGUCUCACGAUCCGGCGGUGCUGAGCAGCAUCAAGUCCAAUGCGAUGGGCAAGCCACAUGCUCGUCCGUUGGACCCAGAGCGAAUGAUGUCCUACGACCCUCGAGAUCCACGUGCCAGCUGCGAGAUUUGUGCCCUCCGUCUGUGGUACCAACCACGGAAGGGAUCUCCUUCCAGCCACACUGCGGUCCACAAUGCAGUGAUGGUGCAAAGGGCCUUGACGCAGCUCCAGCCGAUGCUUCAUGGUGCACUUCCAACGGAAGAGAUUGUGAAAGCCAUGUUGGACAAGAUCACCGCCGAGGAGAAGUUGAACAUCAAGGUGCAGUACUUGCUGGAAACGCCCAAUGUCGAGAGCACCAAGAAGGUUCCAAAGUCCAAGGCAGCCCCAAAGAAUGCGGAGAAGAAGUUGGUUGUCACCAGGGGCUACAUGAUGGGCCAGAGCUCUCCGGUGAACCGCGACAACGAUGGCGACCUUGUCAUCUCUGUCAGCCAGCAGUACUAUGUGGACUCCCUGCCAGACCUUGACAUCUCUGCGGACAGAUUGCGAAAUAAAGAUGCACAGAUGACUUCUCAUGAGAUUGCUGCUUGCCGAGGUGCUCUUGGCGCAUUGCAAUGGCUUGCAGGUCAAACUCAACCUCAACUUUGUGCUCGUUGCAAUCUCCUCCUCACCGAGGUCAUCAAGUUUGGUAAGAUGAGCCAUGCCAUGGAAAUCCAGCGUAUGAUUGGCGAGAUUCGUCGCGAAUCCUAUGAGCUCAAGUUUUUCAAGCACAAGAAGGUGAAGUUUGCCCUAUGUCUCUUUUGGCUUGGCGAACCUGGAAGCUACAUCGCAAAGCCCUUGGAUCCAAUGAUGCGGAAGUUCAAGCAGUUCUUGAAGGUGAAGAUUAGAAUUUCCGCGCACGCCUCCUUCGGUGUGAAAUCCAUGGUGCUGGACUUGCCCGUCCACGCGAUGCCAACAAGGUGGAAUUCGCAGAAGAAAUGGUGCAACAAGUUGAAGGAAUCCUUUGCACUGACAGUUAAAGGUGGUUUCGAUGCUGUGCUCUACAACGAGAGUCCUCUUUUGGGUUUGAGCAACAGUCGUUCUGCACUCCAAGCCCUACAACUUCGAGAAUACCUCCAGCGUGCUGGUUCCAAGCUUCGCUGGGUAGCCAGUGACUUAGGUGAUAGUCUGGCGAAGAAGCGUGCUGACUGUCAAGUUGGCCUUCAAAAGUUCCUCAAAAAAAUUUGGCUGUGGGCCGUCAAAUAUGAUCCACAGUUCAUAGCCUCCAAGAAGAACAAGAAAGAAGGCAAAACCGCCAUGAACCAGAUUGACGACUACCUCAAGGGCGGCAAACCUGAUCUUUCUUUCUAUUCUGGUGCAACAGAUCCACAUCCUUGUCAGGUUUGCCUCUUCGACAUGCUGCACAAAUCCUGGCACUCGACUGCAAUAUGUGGCUCAGGAGGGGAGGUGGAGCGACUUCGAAAGGACCUCAGCUCUGCCUCCGCCCGCCCCGAGCCCACUCCGCGGGCAGCGACCCCCGAGGCCCCGUUGGCGGCGCCACGGGGGGAACGCCCCGUGGUGAAGCGGGUCUCGUGGCCGGGGCCAAAGAACGCGGUGUUGGAUAAGGCGAGAUUGCUGGAAGAGACCCUUGGAUUUGGAUAUUGUGGCAGAUGCAUAUAUUUUUAUGGUUUAAACUGGGUUAAACCCUUCAUUUUUUGA